GUGAAUGAGCGAGUGAAGAAACAGAGAAACAGUUUGAACGACUGAAGGCUGGCGCUCGGAGCUGGAGGAAUCAGGGCCUAGAACUGAUUGAAGGGAACAGAGUGGUGAUUGCUGCCAUUGAUGCGAUUUGAACGGCAGAUGUGUCCCGAUCAGCACAUGACUAAAGAAACAUGGAAGCAGUAAUCAUGAUGGCUAAUCAAUAGCAGACGGCAGAAGACGAAGCAGUCCCCAUCCCUGACUCAGGCUCCGUCUCCCUCCCGCCAUGGACUCUGCUCCAUCCUCCCUGCCAGCCAUGCCUGAUAGUGAGCGGUCUAAGAAUGGCAGAAUGUAUUGAACUGGUGCCGAGCCGCGAUGGCAGACGGACAUACAUUAUGAGGAUAAGCCAUGAUGGUUCAAGUGAAUCGUGAUCCGUGAUGCAUGUUAUUGUUCGGAUACCAUGUGUGUUUGUGCCGAAGUGUACAGAAGACUAUCCUGACUGCCUUACUGACUGGUUCUGCUUGAGUGAACGCAGUGAGCGAGCCAUAUUGUGUGCACUGCCUUCUAAACAGCUCACUGAAUUAGCAGAUUGUGGUUUGGGUUUACUUGCCACUGUACCUAAUGUGUCACUUGCAUAUCUUGUGACAGUGGCUAUACAGAUCAAUGAGAAUUUGUUGGUAAUCUUGUUCUGAGGAUGGGGAGAUCGUGUGGACGUCCAGUUCCAUUCAUACAUCAAGCAGUGCCGCGUCUUGUGCAGGAGACAAUGGAACAGCCUGGGCAACACAGCACUGACAAGCAUGGGAACAAAAGCCAGUCUCCCCAACACAAUUAGGCAGUGAGAAUUAAACAGGGCCUGCAUGAUCAGUGACGAUGUUGUGUACACUGUUUCUAUAGAAGCUGUCACUGCCGCCGAUGCUGUCAUGCUGCUGCUGUGUCGGGGGUCAGCCGUCAUCCGUUGUGAGAGGGGGAACUGGCAGCCUCUGUUGUGCCACAACCCAAUCUGAUCAUCAUGUCAUGAAUUUAGGAUUCUGGAGUUGUGUGUGACGGACAGUUCCACGGUGCUGGUGUACAUUGAGUCAUUAUCUCUGUGGUGUCAACUUGAAUCCCAGCAAUAGCAGGAUCUGUUACCCCUACACGGCGAUGCUGGCAAUCAGUGGUGAACACGUACAGUCAGCUGAUCGCCACUAGGAUGCAGAAAUCUAUAACAGUGAUGCAGGAACACUGAUGGCAGUACCACCAUCAACUCAACAAGAGAUUUGACCACUCAGGGCAGAAACAUGACAAGUUAAGAUGACCGCGGCCCAGGUGUAACGAGCCCUACAAGACUACAGGACAAAAUGUCUCAGAUUGGGAACAAUUUCUAAGAAUUUCAACAUUAUUGUCAACUGUGACUAUUUGACUGAGUGUGUGAAUGAUCUAGUCGUGUCUAUUCACUGGAGGCUGUGUCAUAGGACAUAAUAUCUAAAACAGGAAGUAUCCCCAACUGGCUCAGACACAGAAACUGCAAUACAUGUGGUGAUACGUGGAGGUGAUACGAGCCGAUACGAGAUAGUACACGAGGCAAUACAGGUGAUGCGAGGAGGUGAUACGAGCUGAUACGAGGUGAUACAAGGAGGCAGUACACGAGGCAGUACACGACGCAGUACACGAGGCAAUAUGAGUGAUAGCUGCAUACCUGCAGGCAAGUGUGGCUGCUAUUCACAAACAAGGGGAGAUAAUGCAUGUUUUCACAUGUACACCUUGUAACUAAUAACUGAAACUUUCUUGUCAAAACUAAUAAUCACCGGUCUGAUUUAUUUAAAACCCUGAAUUAAAACACAAGCAUGAUGAAAAAGCACUUUUUCCGAUCAAUGACUUUCAAACGCUUUUUGCUGUUGCUGUGUGGCGUGUAUCUCUGCAUGGUGCUGUUGUUCCAUAGCCGACUUCAGGUAGAUCGACCAAUCAGUGCUGUUGUCAACACUGAACCAGAUAAAACAACUACCUCGGCAAUACGAGAGAAAAUUCCCGAUGUGGUCUUCAAUGCCAGUGUCGAGGGUCUGAAGGGAUGGGUUAGGAAUUACUAUAAUGUGAAAAAUUUGGCCAAAGAAAUAUCUAACCUUGAGAAAAUGGUGGACAAGGUCAAGGGCGAGCUGAUCAUCAACACAACACCCCCGAAAGUUGAUGACAAUGGGGAUCUUGACCUCGGCAAAAACUGUAUGAGGAAAUCAGACGACUUUGGAGUGGGCAGAUUCCGGGAACUCGAGAGGGGUGUGUAUGUGUAUUCUGCAUAUCUGGAUGAUCGAAAAAAACAGAAGUUUAUUCGUUUCAUCAUGUUAGUUGCCAAAGAUAGACGGUACAAAUUCACCAUGACAUGUGUGUUUGGGGACGGCACUGAAAUGUCGACAAAACCAUACGAAAUGUGUGAAAAUCAUAACAAGCAAUUUGGUGGGUAUAUCUACUCGUGUCCCAUCACAAAUGGUACUCUCUGCCCUGUGAAGAUAAAGACUAUAGCAGGCCAGAGACUAGUCUCGGUGCCAAUUGUCCCUGUUGCCAUGGUUACUAAACCAUAUGAAUACGGUAUCUGUAUACCACCUUUGUUUGGUAAAAUCAAGAGUGACAUUCUAGUCGAGUUCUUAGAACUCUCAAUGUUAUUAGGUGCAGAACAUUUCUAUUUUUAUAAUUAUUCUAUCACAAAUGAAAUGGCCGAAAUUCUAAAACAUUAUCACUCUCGUAAACUUGUGACGCUCAUUCCCUGGAAGUUACCCAAAGAGGUUGUUGACAAGUCCAUCUGGUACCACGGUCAGCUGCUGGCCCAUAACGACUGCAUGUAUCGCUCAAUGAGCACCAUGAAGCACAUGGCCAUCAACGACGUGGACGAGUUUAUAAUUCCACAUACUGCUGCAAAAACAUGGAAUGAACUUAUUCCGGGACUCAUUGGGGACAAACAUUGCGGGGUGUCCUUCUCUAGUGCCUUCUUUGACCCGAGUCACGGCAUCAACCAUCCGUCGGGGCUGCUGACGAUGGGCCACACGGUCAGAUCACAGCAGUUUAGCCAUGUUCGAACCAAGGUCAUGGUGAUGCCGCGGAGGGUGUUCGAGGUGGGGAUCCACCAUAUCAGCAAACAAAACGAGGAACGCUGGACACCCGUGAAGAGCCACCCCGAUGUUGCCUAUCUCCAUCACUACCGGCGCUGUGUGUCUAAUUACGGCAUGAAAUGCACCACGACCACCGAGGACAAGUCUGUGUUCAAAUAUUUUGAUAAACUUCAGGCAAACUUUGAUAAAUCAAUGACAUACCUUGAAAAAGUUCUCGCCAACAUUACAACGCCAACACCUCUGAAGAUGAAAUCAAAGAAGCACAUAUAACACUUUCUUCUGUUUGUAAUAUUGUAUUUGAUCUUAUUUUACAUCAAUCUUACAAGCACAAAAGUUCAGCAAAUUGAUGUUGUAGAAGUGACCAGAUUUAUUUUCACUUUUACCAUUUGUUGUUUUCUUGAGUGGGUGUUGAAUAUCAGUGAUUCAUGGGAGUUGUACAAUAUCCUGACAUACUUUCAAGGAAGAUACAUACAUAAUAAUAUAUCACACUAUUAUUUAUUAUUUUCUUGUCUUAUGGAAUUUCUUGGUCAAUAAGUUCAAAAAGCAUGAGGUUAAAAAAAAGCAUAAAAACCAAAUUUAUUUCAGCUUAAUUUUCUCUUGAAAUUAACAAAUAAAUUAAUACAAACAAAAAAUAUGCCAAUUAGCAAAGUUUCAAUCUUGUUUGUUUUUCACUAGUCAGGGUUGCUUCGGCCAUGAAAUGGGCAAUGAAAUUAGUCUGGCAGACACAAGAUUUUUUCAAUCCAUCCUUUUACUUGGAGUGCUAGAAAUGGCCUGACAACAGUUUAAAAAAGCAUCUUUUCACCAGACAUGAUGUCAUUAUUACUACUGGGUACAUGUUUCUGUAGGAUGAGGUCUGUGUCACCCAACCACAUCCGCAAAAUUGGAGGUUCAUCAGGUUACAGAUUCUAAAUUUAGAACUAAUGUUAAUUGAUGCAAUACAUUUAUCAAAAUAUUUGUUCAAUACAUUCUUCACUUUUGAACUUUAUAUCAAGAGAUGCAUCCUAACUUUCACAUUCUAUUAAGCUACCAGUAAACAUUGUUAAACAUUUCAACUUGAGGAAACAAAACAAGGUCCUCUUUGCACAAAGUGAUCUUUAUCGCAAUAUUCCACACAGACAUUAGGCAGUCUUAGUGCUAAUAUUGCUUUGUGGAAUGUAGCCUGAAUUAAUUCAUCAUUUAACAGUAGAAACAGUGUAAAUACACGCUGUGGACUGUAGGCCUAGCUGUGGCCUGUUUAGUAUCCAAAAAAGACUGACAGACUAGAAGGGUAUAUCACAAGUACUGUAGGCCUAGCUGUGGCCUGUUUAGUAUCCAAAAAAGACUGACUGGCUAGAAGGGUAUAUCACAAGUACUGUAGGCCUAGCUGUGGCCUGUUUAGUAUCCAAAAAAGACUGACUGGCUAGAAGGGUAUAUAUCACAAGUACUGUAGGCCUACCUGUGGCCUGUUUAGUAUCCAAUAAAGACUGACUGGCUAGAAGGGUAUAUCACAAGUACUGUAGGCCUAGCUGUGGCCUGUUUCGUACUCAAUAAAGACUGACUGGCUAGAAGGGUAUAUAUCACAAGUACUGUAGGCCUAGCUGUGGCCUGUUUAGUAUCCAAUAAAGACUGACUGGCUAGAAGGGUAUAUCACAAGUACUGUAGGCCUAGCUGUGGCCUGUUUAGUAUCCAAUAAAGACUGACAGACUAGAAGGGUAUAUCACAAGUACUGUAGGCCUAGCUGUGGCCUGUUUAGUAUCCAAUAAAGACUGACUGGCUAGAAGGGUAUAUCACAAGUACUGUAGGCCUAGCUGUGGCCUGUUCACUACCCAAUAAAGACUGACUGGCUAGAAGGUGACAGGAAAGGUCACGUAGAUAAUCAAAUCUGGUUGGAAAUCACAACUAAAAAAAUACUUUUCAUGACUUUUUUUAACAGGACUGACAUGAACAAAACAAUGUAAGUACAACAAUUUUAAAACAGGUUAGCAGUUGUUGUAGAUAAGACUGCUUUGUGCACAUGGGCCUGGUAAUCUGCUGGUGUUAGUGUGGAGUGUGCACUGUUCUCAGCCCUGCAACCGUACCCCUGUCUUCACUGCAUGACAAUCAGAUGAAAGCAUCUAUGCAUAUGUCUAAUUGCAUGGCAGAUGCAAUGUCUAUAGUAGGGAUGGGUAUUGGAGGUUUAAAGUAUAUCACAAUAUUUUGCAAUGCACAAGGCCGUAUUGUGAUACAAAUCACGAUACACUGGAUAAUUCUAAAUUUUUAAUUCAGAAUCAAUCGAUACAUUAAAGUGUGAACUGAAGAUCAUAAAUGGAACAAAACAAGAUGCUGGCACAACACAAUGUUUACUCUUGGGGCCCCGGAUGCUUGCUCCUGGGCAGCAAAGGCAUCUGGCAAGUACAUAACAUUAUACACAUGAUAAAAAUCCAAAUUUUAAAUCACUCGAUAUAUCAUGCAUGAAAGAGUGAUAUUGUGAUACGUAUCGUGGAAAGAAUUAACCUCAAUUUACCGAUAUACCGGUAAUACCUCACACCCUUAGUCAAUAGAUGUUGUUUGUGUUUUAGCAUCAUAUCAGGGGUCGACACAUCUACGUUUUCCAGGUGCUUGUUGCACAAAGUGAACUCGGUGCUCAGAUUACUGUAGAUCUUGAAACGAAUGCAACUCCUAAUUAAUGCGACAGCUGGCCCCUAGCCAAAAAUGUGACUCAAUAUGAAUGCCACUCCCCAAAUCAAAUGGCACCGCUUAUUAGUGCCAAGUUGAGUACUUCUGCAAAAACAAUACAUAGUGUUUUCAGAAAAUGUGUGUGUUUAUUCUGUUGACUGGCAUUAAGGCAGGCGACAGGACAAAGACUAGAUCAGAAGAAAGGUGGGAUGAAGCCUAUCCAUGCUCGCUGGGGCGUGUCCGCCUUUGAUGCAGUCGCAAAAAACGAAGACACUGUGUUGCGUGGGCAGCAUCUGUCUGGACUUGCUGUAGUAAUUAGGGUUGCAUUGUUUGACACGAGUAAGUAGAACUCUUAUUCACAGCAGAGACAAUUCACCGGAUGUCCAUUAUGUAAUUUCUAAUGUUUGAAUGACAUUGUUAUAUACUUGUUACAAGUGCUGCUCAAUAAACAGAGAUUAGAUAUAAAUGUAAUGUUUGAUCAAG